GUGUGCUCUUUGAUUUCAGGUUGCAUUUUUCUUGUGGAAAGUUUGGCUGGAAAGUUCACUGUCCCUUAGUGAACCCUUGACGCCCAGGAUGACCCUGUCUAACACCACGGCCGUAAUGCCCUUUCUGACCAGGCUGUGGCAGGAGGUGGUUCCACAGGGCAGCAACGCGUCUAGCCUAGCCCGUCGGUCUACCAGUGGUCACAACAGGGAGCUGGAGGCGCUGUACAUUCUCAUUGUGCUCGGCUUCUUCGGCUUCUUCACCCUGGGCAUCAUGCUGAGCUACAUCCGCUCCAAGAAGCUGGAGCACUCCCAUGACCCUUUCAAUGUGUACAUCGAGUCAGACACCUGGCAGGAGAAGGACAAGGCGUACUUCCAGGCCCGGAUUCUGGAGAGCUACAAAGCGUGUUAUGUCAUUGAGAACCAGCUGACCGUAGAAGAACCCAAUACCUACCUUCCUGAGACGAAGCCUUCCUCCUGAGCCCCACAGCUGCUCACACUGGACAAAUCCUACUUGACAAUCUGAUUUUUCUAAUCACAUGCCUCUCAGCCUUUA